AUGGAUUUGGUAAAUCAUCUGAACGAUAGACUGCUGUUUGCAAUCCCAAAGAAGGGUCGUUUAUACUCUAAAUGUGUUUCAAUUUUAAAUGGUGCAGACAUUAACUUCCACCGUUCCCAAAGAUUAGACAUUGCAUUGUGCACAAGUCUACCUAUAGCGUUAAUCUUUUUGCCUGCCGCAGAUAUUCCAACUUUCGUUGGUGAAGGUAAAUGUGAUCUCGGUAUAACCGGUGUCGAUCAAGUACGUGAAUCUGAUGUCGACGUGGACCUACCGAUCGAUUUGCAGUUCGGUAAAUGCAAAUUACAAGUACAAGUCCCAGUAAACGGUGAGUACAAAAAGCCAGAACAACUGAUUGGUAAGACCAUUGUUACCAGUUUUGUCAGACUUGCUGAAAAAUACUUCGCAGAAUUGGAAGGAACCAGCGUAGAAAAAAUGUCGACGAAAAUAAAAUACGUUGGUGGUUCUGUAGAGGCAUCAUGCGCGCUGGGAAUCGGUGACGCUAUUGUGGAUCUUGUAGAAAGUGGGGAAACAAUGAGAGCUGCUGGUUUGAUCGACAUCGCUACUGUAUUGGGCACAAGCGCCUACCUAAUAGAAUCAAAAAACCCAAAGAGUGACAAAAGUUUGAUCGCCACCAUCAAGUCAAGAAUCGAAGGUGUUAUGACCGCUCAAAAGUUUGUUUCGUGUAUCUACAACGCUCCCGAGACGAAGCUCGGAGAACUCUUAAAAGUUACGCCCGGCCGUAGAGCACCAACCAUCUCCAAAAUUGGUGACGAAGGUUGGGUCGCUGUCAGUUCUAUGAUCGAGAGAUCAACAAAGGGUGUUGUUUUAGACGAACUGAAAAGAAUCGGCGCCACAGAUAUUAUGGUCUUCGAGAUUUCUAAUUGUCGUGUAUAA